AUGUCACUGUAUUUGUUCCUCUUUCUAUCUGUCUCUUUCACUGUGCAUCUGUUUUGCUUUUUCUCUCUCUCACUGUGUAUCAGUUUCUUUCUGUCUGGGCCUGUUUGCUGUGGUAUACACGGAACACAGAUUUACAUGAGGACCGAAAAAGAAAUCAGCGCAGAGCCCAUCAAGUUCACCAGCAGUGCCGCAAACGUCCCAUCCAAGUUUAAACCCAGAGAGGCUAACAAAUACGAACCAUUAAUUGUGAUUUCCAGUUUAUUUGUCUUCAUGGUGUACUUUUUAUACCUUCGCGAGGAAAACGAUUUGGAUGAGAUGAUUUAUAGGCCUGUUCCGGUUUUGGAAGAGCUCCACUUGAGUCAGACAAUACCAGAAUUGAAAGAGAAGGGGAUAGAUACACGUCAUUUGGAAGCACGGCUGCAGGAGCUGGUGGCACAAAGACUUGCAGCAGAGAAGCAGGCACUGGAGAUUUAA